AUGUAAAAAUUAAAACAAAUAGGGUAAAUAUAUAUUGAUUAAUAAAUUAAUAUCAAUAUACUGAUAAAAUUAUUACAUGAUAAACAUAUUAAAAAAUCAAAUAAACGUAUUCCGUUCCUAAAUUUGCUUAUUUAUGCGUUUUUAGACUGUAAAUAAUCUUGCAAUAUACCACAAAUGAUGAAAGUAAGAGAAUGGAAUAAUAUUGAUUAUGUUUCAGACAUGAAUAUUUCGGAUAAUGUUGAAUUUAUUGAUAGUUUAAAAGAAGUAAAAAAGUUUAUUAAGAAAUUUAUAAAGGAAGAAUUUUAAGGUUUUUAUACUAAUAAUAAAUUUAUAAUUGAGGAGUUUUAUAAAGUUUUAGAAUUAUUUUAAAAAAGUAUUGAAAAAGGUAUAUGGAAAAAUAGUUAUAAAUUAGAUGAAAUAUUACCAGAAAUUGUAAAAAUAUUAAUUAAUUAUACUGAUACUGAUAAAAAUUUAAGUAAAAUAUAAUAUUUAUAUAUAUUUAAAUAUAUAUAAAUAUAAUAUUAUAUAUAUAUUAUAUAUAUAUAUAUAUCUAUAUUUAUUUAUUACUUACAUAUAGGCAAUGAAAAACGAAAAGAAGCCGUAUUGUAUUCUUUGGAAAGAAAUAUAUAAAAAAGUGAGGAGAUAAUCGAAAAAUGUAAAUAGAAAAUAAGCCAUAUAAUCCAACUUUAUAUCGAGAUUCAUACUAAUAUACGUGUUAGCGAUGUCUUAUAUUAUUUAAAAUAAUUAAUGGUAGAUAAAGAGAAAUAGAAAAGUCCAAAAAAAUAGAUAUUGAAGGACAAAUAUAGAUAGAUGAGAUAUAGUUCUAAGUUUUAUUCACAUACAUUUACUAUUUUUGAUGAAAUAAUUAAAAAGACUAAACAAUAUUAAGAUGUAUAGGACGAGAAAAUAUGCUAGAGUGAAAUUUGGAUUGAAAACUUUUUAAAAAUUAUAGAAAAAGACGAUAAAAUUUUUGGUUUUAAAUUAUAUGAAUUUUCACUCGUUUUAUUUGAGUUAAUUAUUGUUUUAAAUAAUAAUGAAAUUUUUAAACUUUUAUUAUUCAUUUUGUACUCUAUUUUUACUUAAAGAUAAAAACUACUUGAAAAUGUAUAGAAAAUUAUACUCUUUGAAAAUGGAUUACCUAAAUAAAUUACAUAGUCUAUUGGCUAUUUUAAAUAUAAAUUACAUAUUUUAUCAAACAAAAGUAUACUUAUGGCUAAUUUAGAUAAUUAAGGAAUACUUUUUGAUUAUUUUAUAUCUAAAAGUGAUAAAGAUUAUACUAUUUCGCCACUUUCUUAGGCUAUUAUUUCUAAUUUAUAUUUUUAUUCAUAGACUAUGAAGAAAGGGUUUUAAUUAACAAAUUUUAAAUUUAGUUUAUAAAAAAUAGACAAGGAAAUAUUAAAUUCCGAUAAAAUAAUAAAUUUUUAUAAUGAAAGGGAAAAAAAUAAUAUUCUUAUUUAAAAUUUACUACGUUCUCAUGAUUUACAUUUACCUUUAAUUAAUUUUCUUUAAUUUUGCAAAUGUGAAGAUUUUUAAAAUAAUCCACUCCUUUUUUCAUUAAUUUAAACAGUUUAUAAUUAUUUAUGUUUGCUUAUAUGGAAUAAUUACGAGUCUUAACUAGAAAUUAUACCCAAAUGUAAGUUUUUAGCACAAUAGCAUCUCUUUUUUAAUACUGGAGCAAUAGAAUUUUUACUUGAUUUAUAUAAAAACGUCAAAUUUUUGCUUUUAAAUGCUUCCGAAAUUAACUAGACGGCUUCCUUUAUAUUAAAUAUAGCUAAAAAUGCCAAGACACCUUUAUUUUAUAAAUCUAAAUUGGUUUAUUUUCUGAAAACUCUAGUAGUUUUGAAUAAUAAUCCUUUAAAAUAAAAUUAAAUUACAAUCCUUUAAUUGAUUUAAGAAAAGCAAUUCUAAGACUAUAUUUUUAUUAAUGAAAGAAAAAAAAUAAUCCCCGAAUUUUAUAACGAAGACUAAAAUCUGAUAAAAACAAACGGACAAAUUUGGUAUUUUUAUGCCUUUUUUGUACUUUCUACUUUUCUCAUAGAAGGAAAAAACAAACUCAAUUUAAACAAAUUUAGAGGCAUAUAUAAUAGUGAGUAUUUAUUGGAAAUAUAUAGUGAAAUUAAAGAGUGUAUUUUAUUAAAAAAAUGUCUCCGAAGUUUCAUAAAUAGGCUUUUUUAUAUAGAUUUUGAUAAUUUAGGGGAUAAAGAGAGUGUUUUUUGGGACUUUUUAAGAGUUGAUUUAUAAUUUAUUAUUGAGGAAUUGGAGAAAAGUAGGGAAGUUUGGUAAAAAAAGGAGAUUUUUUUAAAAAAAGAAUUCGAUUUUUAUAUUGAAUAUAAGUUUUUUUGGAGUUAUUUUUGUAUUUUUUUAAAGGAAAAUAUUUUGGCCAUUUUCUUUUUGGUUUAAAAUGAGGAAUUUUUGAAUAUUUUAAUAGAAAAUUUGGAAAAAAAUGCCAAAAAAAAACAGUUUUUUGCACAUAAUUUACUUCUUAGGCUUUUUGGGGAAAUUUAGAGUCUACAUUUUGGACUGUUUUUUAAUUUGGAAAAUUAAAUUAAAUAUAUUAAGGAUGUUUUUUUAAAUAGAAUUUUUUCCUAAAAAUAAGCCUUCCCUUUUGAAGCUUUUUGGAGAAAUGAAAAUCUAAUAAUAAAAGGCGUUUUAGAUGAAAAAAUUCAAGUAAAUAUAAGAAAUUUAAUAUUGGAAGCUUCUCGAGAUUGUAAAUAGGAAGAUUUUUGUAUUUAAAAUUGUUUAAAAGUACUUUUUUUGGAAAAUGAUGAUAAUUAAUAAAAAGAUUUUUCUUAAUAUAAGAAAUAAACGGCUAAAGAAAGUAAUAAAAAUAAGGAUUUAAAUAAAUAUCUUAACAAAAAAUUAAAAAAUUUAACUUCCUAUUUAAAAUAUGAAAUAAGCUUUGUCUAAUUUCUUGAAAAAAUAAAAAUGAAUAAUAAGUAAAUAUAUAUGUAUAUAUAUACAUAUUUAUAUUUAUAUUUUUAGUCUACUUCAUAAAUUACUAUUGAUUUAUGGGAUAUACAUUAUUGGAUUUAAUAUUAAAAAGAAAUUGAAGAAACUUAAAAUAAAAUGCAAUCUUUUCAAUCUGCAAGGCUUAUCUGUGAACUUUUAAAAUAGAAAAAUCUUGAAUAAAGGCUUAAAUUAAUUAAUGAGAUUUUACUUUUUGGAAUUAGUUAAUUAUUAGGAGGGAAUUAGAAUGUCUAAAAAGAUUUAUUACAUAUUUUAAAGGAAGAUCGGGAUAAUUUGAUACUUUAGAACAUAAAUAAUUUAAUAUAGAGGCUUUCGAAGGUAAUAUAUAGGAUUUCAAAAGAAGAAAUCAAGCUAUAGCAAUUUACUAAAGAAGCUUAGUAAUAAAACAAUCUAUUGAUAAUAUAAAACUAUGACUUUUUUUGUGAAAAAAGUUACAAUAUGAUUCGAAAAAAUACAGGUCUUUAAGAUUCUUGUGACGAAUUGUAUUUUUUUAGUCAAUGUUUGACAAUUUUAUAGGGAAUUUUUAAGUUUUUAUAAUUAAUGUGUGAAAAUAAUAAUAUAGAAAUGAAAAAUUAUUUAAGGCAAUAAAUAAAUUUAGAUAAUAAAUUAAAAGUAAAAAACUUUAAUUUUAUAAAUAUUUCGAAUCAAAUUAAUUAAUUGUUUAUCAAAAUAAUGAAUAAAGAUUUAAUUACUAUUCCUAAUUUUAUUAUUGAUUUUCUUAUUGAAGUUACUCAAGUACCUUGCAUUUAAAAUUAGCUUUCUUUAUCUUAAACUACUUUUUACGAAGAUAUUUUUAUUAUGGCUUAGUUUUUUAAUGUCAUUAUAUAUAUUAUUAUUAAUUUUAAAUAUAAAUAUAGAUAUAAUAAAAUAAUGUAAAUAGAUUUUUUAUUAUAGAUGAAGAUAUUGAUUAAUUAUAUUAUUUUUAUAAUAAAUGUUUUAGUAGUUUUAGAAAGCCUUAAUUAAUAAAUAUAUAAUGAAAUAAAAAAUAAACUAUAAAUAGACUUUUUAGUAAUAAUUAUACAGAGGAAUUUACAAAAACUAAAUUUAAAAACUCUUUCUUAAUUAAAAAAAUACCUUUAUAGAAAAAAUAAAGAAACUGGCUUUUAUGAUUAACAUAUUACUGAAAUAUUAAACAAUUUGACUAUAAUAAAAAGAUUUUCGGAAUAUGAUAUAUAAAUAAACUAGAUUUUUCAUCAAAAAUUAUCGUCUAGUUAUUCCGAAAUGAUUUUUUAUUUAGAAAAGAAAAUUGUUUCAAUAGAAAUACAAUACUAAAAGGAACUUAAGUAGUUAUAUUUCCCCUUUAUUCCUUUAUUUAACUUUGUGUCAGAUGAUACGAAAGACAAAAUAAUGAAAAAUGUCAAUAGAGAAAGCUAAAGAGAGAAAAUAACCGAUCUUUUAUAAUAUAAAAAUGUCGUCUUUGACGAAAUAGAACAUAAUUUUAGCCUUAAUUAAAACAAAAUAAGGGCUACUUCUGAAAAUAUUUAACAAAUAUAAAAGCUUGUAGUAUACAUGAGCCUUUUUUUGAAUUUAUUAUUAAUUUUAUCAGUUAAUAUUUAAUUCGAAAAUUUAUAAGAAAUGAAAAUUGUAAUAAAUAACUAUUUAAUAAAAAUUUUUAUAGGAAUAUUAUUUAUUAUACACCUUAUAUUGACUCUUUUAUUAAUUUUAUUCACAUUCAUUAACUAGGUUCCACCAAAAAAUGCAAAAAUAAACACUCAUUGGUCAAAAAUAAAACUAUUUUAUUAAAAUGAUUAAUUUACAUUUCUUUCCAUAUUGCUAUCAGCCAGUGUUUUAGGAAAUUUAAUUCAUAUAAAAUAUUAAGUCCUUACAUUACCAUAUGCUAUAGUAAUUAAAUAUAUUUAAACAUAUAAAAAUAUAUAAAUAUAUAUAUAAAUAUAUAUAUUUAAAUAUAUAUUUAUAUAUAUAUAUAUAUAUAUAUAUUAUUUAUAUAUUUAUAUAUAUUAAUAGAGUAAACUAAAAUCAUCUUAAGGAAUAGUUGAAAACGUUUACUAGUCUAUAUUUUAUAAGAUGAAGUAAUUGAUUAUUUUUAGUGUAUUAGGAAUAAUGUUUGUGUAUAUUUUUAGUGUUAUUGCAUUUGAAAAUUAUAUAAAUGAGAUUUAUAAAGAUUUAUAAGUUAUAUAGAAUAGAUAGACUUGUAAUUCAUUAAUUUUUUGUAUGAUGACUUUAAGUCUUUCAGAUGUAAUAGGUAGCUCAAUGAGUGAUUGGGAUACAUCAACAUUUGUAUAUAAUUCAUUGUAUUUUGUAUUCAUAAGUGUACUUUUUAUGAACAUUGUAAGUGGGAUAAUGAUUGAUACUUUUGCAGAAAUGAGAGAUAAAAGAAAUUUUAUUGAAUAAGAUAAAAAAAAUAAAUGCUUUAUUUGUGGAUUAGAAAGAACAACAAUUGAAAAUCAAGACAAAAGUUUUGAAGAUCAUACUAAAAAACAUUAUUUAUGGAAUUAUAUUUUUUAUAUUUAUAGUUUAUAAAAUAAAGAUAGUACUGAAUAUACAGGAUUAGAAUAUUUUAUAUCGGAUAAAUUAUAAAAUGAAGAUAUAUAAUGGAUACCUAAUUUAACUAGUCUUAACAAUUGA